CUACUCCGUCUUCCUGUUGUUUACCUCCUAAACAACUGAACAGCAAAGUCCGCAUUUUGUCUUUCCGUUCCACCCAUUUCGGCAGUCGUUGCUAGCAAACAACGCGCUAAAAGACAUUUUCAUGGAAACCCAAAUCGUUCAGAAGUUAGCAGUGGACAGGCGAUCCAAAAAUGGCCAGAAACAAUUUGGGUUAGUCGAUUUGCUUCAAGUGCUGGCGACUUUCCGAGAUUGCCUAAUUGAUGAGCUUAGUGCAGAUGACUGCCUGCCGACCCUUCGGUUGGUGUCCCGCGGGAUGCGUGACGUUGUCGACCUGAGCGUUCGCCAUGUAGGGCUGCAUGUGCAACUCGCGGACAUGCGCCGGAGCAGGUACGGCGAAGUGCCGUCCCUAAAUCGCUGGCCGCAUUGCAGCUCAGUCACGAUCAGCCAUGAAGUCGGCCAGUUGGAAACAUUUAGAGCAUCGGAGGGAGUCAUCCGUCGGUACACGCCCUCAGAUGCCGCUGUCCUAUUGCUGCUGCCUUUCGCGGACCUUUCUCUUCAGUCCAGACAGCGCAUAACUGAGCUGGCUGUUGUGGAUUCUACUGGCAAUAUGCCGGAAGCCGAAACCGCCGUAUCCCUCCUGCUGCGGCGACUACCAGCCUUGCGCCGCGUGGACCUACACCUCCUCGAGGGAAGGUCGUACGACCGGCUGCCCCAGCAGAUCCUGUACGACGGCCUUGCAACGUUGCCGUACCUGGAAGAGCUCUGUUUAAGCAGUCACCUUGCACUCGCGGGCGUGGAAACCCUUGCUUCUGGCAACAAUAACGUUACGGGUAGCAACCACAGCAACAGCGUAAGCGCAUGCAGCAGCAGCGGCAGCGCAAGCGUUAGUUGCAGCAGCGACGGCAGUGCUGCUGCUAGGUGUGGGAGCCGUCUCCUCAUAGCGUAUCCUCAUCCGUACCGACGAGGCGGUUUACCGAGAGAAUCUUACCGAAGAAACUUUGUGUGGUCUCGCAAAGUUGGAACUUCUUCAGGAGCUGCAUUUCUACCAGAGCAGCUUCACGGUCCGUCACGACGAACGUUUCUUGCAACUUGAGGAGCAAGAGGACCCCAAGGAAACCCUGCGGCUGCUGCUCCGCUUCCUGCCGGCCUCUUUACAGCGGCUGUACAUGCAGCAGUGCCGCUUCCCGCGGAUUGCCAACACGGAAUUCGAGCUAGACGUUCGAUUUGAGGCGGGUAGCGUGUCAUCAAUAGAGAUGCCGUCCGUGCCGAUUUGGACGUUGGCGAGAAUGGCGAGAGAGGGCUUCCUGUCGUGCCUAGCGGAAUGCAAUCCAGGGCGUCAACAGCUGCACCAGCUGCACCACCACCAACAACAUCACCAAAAAAGGGCACCGCAGCGUCUGAUCCUUAAACAGGUGUGCCUGUCUUACCGCUUCAGUGACGUGGACGAGCCCCCAACGGAGGCGCAAUUCGCCCAACAAACGCAACCAAUCCGCCUCCUGUUCCAGCAGUUUCACGAGGUUGAAGUCGGGGCCCUGCAACUCCACAGAGCAGUCCCAUGGGUCACUCUGCGGGCGUCAGUUGACGUGCUGCGCGGGGUAAAAGGCCUGACGCUUCACCUUCACUGCUUCUGUUACCUGCGCCUGCUAUUACGAGGUGGUGAGGAAACACAGGUCAGGCCGUUGGGCGCGGGUGCCCAGGCGGCGCAUCCCGUUGCACGUGUCCAUCACCAGGAGCCGCCCUCCCAGCAGAUGGCUGCGAAGGCGCCUGCGGGGUCGGCGCCUGGGGUUGCGCUGCCGCUGCUGCCGCCCAACGAGGAGCUCAUGCAUGCUGCGAUGGGGCGCAUGGCGGCUGCUGCCGGUGCCCGGUACUCGUCUUUUAUUAGUAGAAGCAGCAGCAGCCUCCUGCUGCUGCGCGGUCCCUUCCUGACGCUGAUGACCCAUGGGUCGCUCCUGCUCAAGGGCUGGAUGGAGUUGCUGACGGAACGGUCAGCAGCAGCCAUGGCUGCCACAACUGCCGCCGGUGGGGCAAGUGCCGCUGCGGGAAGUAGCAACAGCAGAAGCAGAAGCAGCGGGGACAAGUGCAUUGCGGCGUACCUGGUGCUGCCGGGCCCGUCAGCUACUGCUGUUGGUGGUGCUGCGGGUGGUGUUGCUGGCGCUGCAUCUGGUGCUGGUGCUGCUGGUGGUGGUGCCGUGCUGGGCAUCAUUGUGUCGUGCACGAGUGCCAGGGCUGCGGCGGUGGUGGCGGAAACCGUCGCCAAGCUCCUUGAGACUUCACAGACCGUUGGGUCGUUGCACGUUUCAACGGUGUGCCCGGCUCGCGAGAAACAUGAGGACGCGGGUCAUCCGGCGUUCCAGAAGGAUCAUAACCGCCUGGCUCCGCUGCUGGCGUUUCUUGAGGCUUUCCAACAGGUCGUACAGUCUACGUGUGAUCUACACGCGCAGGCGCACCCCAGCCGCUUCGAGGAACGGUUGGAAUGGCUGUGGGGCAUCACUAGUCAGCUGUUCCAGCUGCCGAAGGCUGAGUGUUUCCCUGGGAGGCGAUGAUGAGUGUUGGGGAUUGGCAAGAGGCGAGUGUGAACGAUGGUGGCAUGCAUGCACCUUAGGUUGAAUGAAUGACCGUUACAGUUGGGUUGCUGGGCGGCGGGUGUGAACGGCGAUGGCAUGUGUCUGCUGGCAUUGGUGCUGGGACCCGGCAGGCGCUGGGUAGCGAGUGAUUUUGAUGUUCGACAAUAAUCAUAGUCCGUCAAUACCCCAGUAUUCACAUACCGGCACCAUUAGUAGCUUAGACUGUUUUUUCUGUUGGGGCCUAUUGGUAUGUUAGCACGUUAGCCCUUUAACCUUGAGCGUAAUGUUUCUGCUGCAUUCCAUGCCUACUGCGACCCUCCGCCUUCUACAUCAAAUUGUGUCGAUUAACCAUAUAUGCUUCCAUAUUGCCCAGUUUAAAAACCAGCAACAUGACAAUCAUGUUGAGGCUUUGAGAGCAGGCUCGCUCGGACCAGGACUCCUAAAAGCAGCAGCAGUACUGUAUACCUACAUUGCGUUUGGACUGCCUUAACUCUUUUACUAUGAUAGGAGCUUGUAAACAAUAUCUUCUGGGAGUAUACUGCUGCGAAAGGUUAGAUUUGGGACUUUGACGACUUUCGCACGCAGCUACCGUAUAUGCGCAUGCUAGGAAUGUGCUUUAGUUAUUAAAUUUGAGAAGCUUUACAGAAUGCAUACCCUGGUAUACCCGUGUUAAUCGCUACGGCACCGGCCGGUACCUACAUACUGGCAGCCCGGGCCACACGGGUCACGUCACGGGUCGUUCGGCCUAUAUAAGCUUUCCCUCGCUGGUUAACAUUAUCAUACAAGUAAGUUAUUUUAACUUGAAGAUUUUUAAAUUGCAGAGGCUAAGUGUCGUCUGCCCUCGACGACAACGACUUCUUUGAGCAUCAUCCGCUUACUAGCGUCAAGGAGCCUCCCGAGCAAACAUGGCUCGUAAGACCCUUGCCAUCCUACUCCUUGCUUGCCUCGUCGCCACUGCAUUCACCUCCGUGGAGGGUGGUCCCCUCGCCUACGGCAUAUGCCAGUCCGGCUGCAAUGCGAUGGCUGUCGCAUGUUACACGGCCGCUGGCGCAACGUUCGGGACGGUUACCGCAGGUGCUGGAGUGCCUGCCGUCAUUAUUGGAUGCAAUACGGCGCUGGGAGCUUGCAUGGCAGCCUGUAUAGCGGCUGGAUUCGCACCCACGCCUUGAGCACGUGCGUGUCACACCACCGUCGAAUGCUCAUCAGGGCACUGCUGUCCUUGCACCCCGGCGAUCCGAGAACCACCGAGUUCUGGCGGCAUGCUCACAUAAAUCUGAGCGAGAUGGCCGCGGCUUCUAGUAUGGAAGCUGCUGGAUGUAUUAUUCCUAGCAGCGGCGCUGCGGAAAGCUCAGAGUCGGCUGUACGAUAAGAUGGGAUUGUAAGGCACCUGCUGGCACAUGUGUGUUGUUGGUUGACACGGUGUUUAUUUGUUUGUGGCGUCAAACGGAGAAUAGUGCAACAUUGCAGGUAGUCAUAUUUCUCAUGCAGCGUCUUCAUAGGUAGUUAACAUGCCACUUAAAUCGCAUGUGGAGUGCAUGUGCGGGAGGUGGUUUUUGGUACGACAUGUACCUACGUGAACCUACGACAGGAGAAUUUUAGUGCAUUUUAUUGCCUUGCAGCUAUAUGCAUUAUGACGUGUAUGCAUGGUGCAUAGGGCGCUGACGUGAACUUAUGGGAUAUCAUCUUUGGUCGACUACUGAGAGAAGAAGGAUGCAUACAUAUGGCGUGUGGUGCAGACUGUACGUUGCACGUCCUUGGCACGUCUAGCUAGACGUCUUGCCUCCUUGACAUUGUUUGCCUGUAACAUAACAAGCUAAACGUUUAGUUGCCAUUCAC